AGUAACAGUUACUUAGACAGGAUUCAAGAUGGCAGCCCACAGUGAACACCAACGAGAUGUGGACCAUGAGGAAAUUAAAAAGUUUAGGGAUCAUCAUCGAAUCUGUAUUCCUGGUGAACGCCUUGGCAGUGAAAGUGAAUAUCAUGUCGGCCCUGGUACAUAUAGAAAAAAUGGCUUCAUCUAUGCCAGUCUAGCGGGACAUGUUUGCUCCAGAAAAGAGGCUGAGAGUGUGUUAGUACCAGAGUUGACAGUUCUGCAGCAGGAAAUUCAAAUUACAGUACCAAGACAGAAAUCUUUAGUCACAUGCAAGGUGGUGAGUAUCACAUCAAAGUUCUGCCGUUGUGAUAUCCUGAGUGUAGAGGGCAUCCCAUUGACAGAGACUUUUCGAGGAAUGAUUCGUAAAGAAGAUAUCCGUGCUACAGAGAAAGAUAAGGUGGAGGUGUACAAGUCAUUCAGGCCUGGUGAUAUUGUCCUUGCGAGAGUUCUUUCAUUAGGAGAUGCCCAGUCGUAUCUUUUGACUACAGCAGAAAAUGAACUUGGUGUUGUGCUUGCCAAGAGUGAAGCAGGUGUUCCCAUGGUUCCUACGAGUUGGUGUGAGAUGACAUGUCCAAAGACUCAUGACAAACAACUCCGCAAAGUCGCAAAAGUUCAACCACAGUACAUUGCUUACGCCAGCUAGCAGAAGACACACACACACACAGAAACUCUGAACAUUAAACAGCAAUAAUCACCAUGAAAUUGUUUCGUGAAUGAUAUUGUGAGUACAUCUGGUGUCCACACUGAAAGCUGACCAGAUGAAUAUGGAGAAAGGUGACCAUUGAAGUACAAAGUUGAUGCUGACCCACCUGAUCGUGAUGCUUCCAACCUGAGAUGACAGUGCAGUAUGUGAUUCCGUUCCCGAGUAAAAGCUGUUAAAGCUCAAUACUAACUUGACAAUAAAAGCUACAAGAUCAGAUUAAAGAUGCAAAUUUAUACAUAUUCGUGAAAAGUGUACUUUUACCAAUCAUUUGACAAGUGUUGUAUCCAAUUAUCCAUAUUCUUUUUUUUUUUCUUCAAAGUAUGGAAAUUACUAUUUUUUUUAUUGAAAUUGCUGCCAAUUGUACCUCUAGCCUAUGCUCAUAAGGAAAUUUUAUUGCAUGGAUCAGCAAUUUCAAAAGGAGGUAAUUGUUUACAAGGUUGGAUUUUUUUUUCUCCAGGAAAUUAAUAUUUGAUUAAUUUUUGGGAUGGAGGGGAUAUCCAGAGGAGGAGAAAGAUUUUUACAAAAUUGGAAUAAGGACCAGAAAUCAAUCUUGGAUGGUGGCUGAUCAGAGCUUGAGGCCAUUACUCAAGCACAUGACAAACAGUUUCCAGCUCUUCAAUCAACUUGAAAUGGUUGACCUGAUGCAAAACUAAAUCCAAGGUAGUGUGUGUACGAAGAUUUUGCAAUCUUAUAUCAUAUUUUCAAGUCAGGCAGAGAGUUACAUCAAUGAAAUACUUAAUCAUGAUGGGCUGAAAGUUAAGAUGGGGCUCACGACUAUUUGGACGAAUUAAAUGUGCCAAAACUUUGCUAUCUGGUCGUGUGAUCUAGUCUUCUGACCCAACACUUUGUUUGGUGGUUACAUCAAAGAGGCCAUCUAAAAGUUAUGUAUUGUGUGGCAGGGAUUAGAAUUAAGAAUGCUGCAAAAAUUACCUUUUUGUACUAAUGUUGCAAUCCAUGACCUUUGUUAAUCAUAUUCCUAUUUUGACAAUAUAUACUGAAAAUGAUUUGGUUGCCGUUAGUGCUCAUGUUCAGUGAUAUAGCUACAGUGGUUGGCAGUAUUCCUCCCAGCCAGCUUAGGAGAUCUCUGACCACCACUCAUGAAAAACACUCAUUCUGACCACCACUAAUUUAAAAAGAAAAGUGUUUCAGACACAACUCCUUGCAAAGAAGAAUUGCACUUGCAUUAAUUUCCAUCUAUUAUCUUCUUUUAUUUGCAUAAUUUACAAUAAACAUUACUACAUUUGAUAAAUUUAUAUUUGUUUAUUUUCAAAGAUUUUUUAUUGUUAGUUUGUCAUUCCAUGAUGUUCAUUCACUUUUGGCUUUAAGAUCACUAACUCGGCCUAAAAAAAUUGUAUUGCUUUGAAAUUGAGACCAGCACUAAAAAGUCCUGAGCUAGAACACUGCAUGUUCUAUUCUUUGUAUUUUUAUCUUUUGUUUCUUGAAGAAGACAAAUUGAUAUCACCAAAAUACAUGUGGAAAGCAGUGCCUUUGGGUUGAUGAAUAUCUAAUGUUUUUGUCUUUGUGAUUCAAAAGUUAUUGUCUGAUGUGUAUUAAAUAGUCUGCAUGGCAGGAGCGAACCAAGACAUUUUAUAGGCACCAACACUUUCAAUAGCUUUAUUGCUGUCAACAUUACAAUAGUCUUUAUCAUAUAUUUAAAAUAAGUUUCUAUAAGGUUGUGAUACCUAGACAUAAAUCAUUCUUGUGACAAGAAUUUCUUGAAUUUACCAGAACUUAAAUCCUUAAAAUUGUGGAUUUUUAUUAAAAAGAAUGUGGGGAUUUUUAUCAUAAUUAAACCAAAUUAUGGAGAUUAUAUUGUGAUAUUUCUCUUCUUUAAGUCUAACAAAUUUUUGUGGUCCCCUAGGGAUUUGGAGUACGUAGUGUUACCUGUAACAUGUAUAAGGGAAAUCAUAUAAAGGCCACCUAAGGGGAACAAGAAAAGCGGUCUUCCUGGGCAGGUGGUAUUUAAAGACAGUUUCAUUCAUGCAUUUCUCAAUGGGAAAAUUAUUCAAAAGGAAACCACACUUGUGGUCUUCAUUAUAUUAUAUUCAGGUAGUCAGUAAAGGCUUUAUCCCCCAACCGGCCAUACUUGCAAGUGCCUGCUGUCCACUUGCAAAAAGUUGGGCAAAAUUUGAGGACAUGGUGAGUACCGCCUCCGUACGGAAUUGGGAGCACGCAGACAGGACGUAGCACUUUCACUGAAUGAGGAUUUUUUGCCGUGUGCGGACUAUGAUGGAUUCACUCCCAGUACGAGUGAUGCGCGUUAUCUCUACUGCCAAUGUAUACACUUUAAACUUGAGAGUGAGCAAGGACACCAUACGUGAGCAGCACGUGUAUUACACGUCCAGUCUCCGAACAAUAAUGUGGCAUUCGCAUGGAGAUUAUACGUUGUACAACCUACUUACCACUUGCCCAAAGUAAGAUGCACACAACCACUCACAGCAAUACGUUGAUGUACCCCUCCCUACUCUUGCCACUCGCUCACCUUUUUCAGAAAAUCGUGGGGGCUGUAGCCUCCCCCAAACAAAGUUAAGAAUAAAAAUAUGCAUGGUGGGUCGUGACCUAGCAUUAAGUAGGUUUGACUGUCAUGUCAACAGCUUGAAAUUCCUCAUCUAAAUGAUCCUUGCUAGCACUCUAUAGUCAAGAAGAUAAUUUUGAAUAAAAAAAUAUACACAAAGUUU